CUCCUAAACAUUCACUGGGACUACAGAACUAAGAAGUGCAGACAGAGAUCCAUUUGGAAGAUGGCUCAGAGUGAUUUUUUCUACCCGGAGAACUCAAAGAGGAGACAGGAACUGAACAACCUACACCAGCAGCUGCUUAAUUGCUUAUCAGACAGCUUUGAUGUCACCAAUGAACUGAGUGGGGUUCUGAAUAUGCACUUGGCCUGCAGGUUGGAAUCCAUAGAAAUGAAAAGAAAUGGCACUAUUAAGGAAAACUGUGAUAUCAUCAUAAAAGCCAUAAAGAAGAUCCAAAAGGAAGUACAAAGAGUUGAUGACGUGCUAAAAGAAAAAUUGGAGCCAACAUUGUACAGAAAACUUCAGGACAUCAGAGAAAGGGAAACAGAAAAAAUUGCAAUUGUGCAGAAGGUUAUGUCAGUCAUCCUGGGAGAAGCCACUUCCACUGCCAGCACAGUAGCUGUAAAACUUAUCUGCUCAAAUGUUACAACUGUUGUCAUUAACAAAUUGGUCACUGUGUUAGCCCAAAUUGGUGCAUCUCUGCUUGGUGGUAUUGGGGUUGCUGUUCUCAGACUUGGACUAGAUAUGAUCCUCCAUGCCAUAUUAGGGGCAGUGGAAAGAAGCCAGCUUCAAGCAGCAAUUAAAAGUUAUGAGGAACACCUGGUGGAGUUCAAAUCUGCCUCAGAAAAAUACCAUCAUGCCAUAAAAGAGGUCACCAAUACUCUGAAGUGCAGGUUGAAAUGAGGAGUUUGUAUUUUAUUUGCAGCUGCAAUUUCUGUUGCUUCUAUUUCAGCCUUGGUUGUUAGAUUAGGUUGAUUUCCCACAUAGUUUCAGCUUCAGGCUGUGACAGAGUUAGAGAGGAGUGGCUAUGGCUGCUGUAGUGGGGAAAAGCGGGUGCCAUUCAGAGGUGCUGGGACAAAGUGCCCUUGACUCAAAAAAACAUGCUUCUAAAACUAUAUUCGCUAGCUCAACACUCUCAGCCUGAGCUCAGGCUGAUCUUAAGGGAAAGGGAUCUCCAAUCUGAAGAGCAAAGAGUAUACCUCAGAGUCCCCUGAGCUAUUCUUCCAAACUAUGUCACCAGAUCAGUAGCUUUUAUAAGACACUAGGCAUAGCAAUGCCCUCUCUUUUGUCUCUUCUAAGCACUCAUUUGGCUAAAUGCCCUAGAGAAAUAUGCCAGUGGCUUCAGGAACCAUUCAAAUCUAUAAUACUAUAUUUCACUAAGUCCUGGGCCUUAGUUAUAGAAUAUAAACCAUCAGCUUAAGUACUGUACUCUGAAAGUUGGAAGUGAAUGAAAAGGCUAGGAUUGAAGGUGAAAUUAAGUAGCAGUCUUCAGCACUUUCCACUAAUUACAGAAUUCCCAAUACAAAUGUCAAUGGCAGAUAUUUACUCCGGGUAGAAUAUUUAGGGAUACCAAGUUCUAUUUCCAAUUCCCCAGUCUUCACUUUUUUUGCUGUGUCAUGAUGAAAAGAUUGCCUCAAGCUCCCUGGAGCAAAAAGAAUAUACAUACAGACAAUACUUUGAGGUGCAUAGUAUACAUAAUAUCAGUAUAACCUUGAUGAUAUGAGAGGAAUCUUCCAUGUUUGGUUGAAAAGUUUAUCAUUUAAAUGAAACUCUAGCCACAUUACUAUAUAAGCAUAUACAGAAGAAUUUUUUUUAAAUUGUAUAUAAUACUUACGGUACCUGAAAAAAAAGAAAGCCAUUGUCAUUGAUAUGAGUGGCCUUUAGGAGCCACGUCUCCAGUUUCCUGGGAACAGGAAAAUGUAAAUGUUGUGAUGGAGGCCUAUGGUUAAAAAUCCAAUUCCUCUGUAGAUUGAAGUCAUUUCCUACUAAGCCUGCUACAAGUACCUAACUUAAUAUUGUCUUUAUUUCAAUUUCUUAUGCUUAAAAAGUAAAUUUACUAUUGAUGUGAGAACAUACAUUUGAGUGCUUGGCUCACAUGAAGAAAAAAUAUCACAAAAUAAAAUGUUCUCCAUUAAAAAGCUAAAGACCAGAACAAAGACUUCAACUUCAAAAUGUAUUCCUUCAUCAUUUUCUCUCUCCUCCAAGAUGCUUCUGUUGACUAAAUACAAUGCUGUCUCCAAAAAUUAAAA